UGGUCAUGAUUUUAGUCUCAGUUUUAGUUGACCACAAUAACUCCAUGUUUUAAGGCCUGGAUUCUGUCCAUGUUUUCCGCAUCCUGGAAAUCUCCCAACUAAAGGAAGUGCUUUUCAUCACACAAUAAGAUGCACUGAAAUGUCCUCGAAAGUUACCCGCUGAUUGUGUGCCGUGUUUUCUGGAGUGUGUGCUGUGAGAGGCAUGUUGGGACGGCCUCGGCUCCGCCUGCAGCUCUUCCCUCCCUAAACGGGCCCCUCUGAUGGGAUAUAGGGCCCCUGUUCCUCUGCAUCUCCCUCCUUUUGUCCUACAAGCCUUUUCUUUCGCUAGCAAGUGCUAAAAACCAGGUCUAAAGUUCAGCGUCUCUGAUGUGCAGAUCUGGGUCAAGUCGAACAUUUGGAAAGCAUUUUUUCUCUUUCCGGAGCCGAGUUGCAGUCUUCUUCUUCCCUGCAUGGCCUGGGAUCGUUAAGGGGAAACGCUGUGGCGUGGGAGUCGGAAUUCCAGCGGAUUCCGGACGGGAUCGGAGUUCAGUGUCGAGUCGAUGCAGUGAAGUUGUCUGACGUUUCCAGAAUGUGAUGGAUCCCAUGGCCGUGAGCACGUCUGCGACGGGUCAGGAUGAGUUUGACCGCAACGCGCCGCGGAUCUGUGGAGUGUGUGGAGACAAGGCCACCGGCUUCCACUUCAACGCCAUGACCUGCGAGGGCUGCAAGGGCUUCUUCAGACGCAGUAUGAAGCGCAAGGCCAGCUUCACCUGCCCCUUCAGUGGGAGCUGCUCCAUCACCAAAGACAACCGGCGUCACUGCCAGGCCUGCCGUCUGAAGCGCUGCGUCGACAUUGGCAUGAUGAAGGAAUUCAUUCUGACAGACGAGGAGGUGCUGAGGAAGAAGGAGCUGAUCCUGAAGAGGAAGGAGGAGGAGGCGGCGCGGGAGGCGCGGAAACCUCGUCUGAGCGAGGAGCAGAUGCAGAUCAUCAACACACUGGUGGAGGCGCAUCACAAGACCUACGACGACUCCUACUCCGAUUUCGUCCGAUUCAGGCCUCCGGUCCGUGAGGGUCCAGUCACCCGCAGCGCCAGUCGUGCCGCGUCUCUUCACUCUCUGUCUGACGCUUCAUCAGAUUCAUUCAACCAUUCACCAGAGUCUGUGGACACUAAGCUGAACUUCAGUAAUCUGCUGAUGACGUAUCAGGACAGCGGCGGCAGUCCAGACUCCAGCGAGGAGGACAACUCACGCCUGUCCAUGUUACCGCACCUCGCCGACCUCGUCAGCUACAGCAUCCAGAAAGUCAUCGGAUUCGCCAAGAUGAUCCCUGGAUUCAGGGACCUGACGGCAGAAGAUCAGAUCGCUCUGCUCAAGUCCAGCGCUAUCGAGAUCAUUAUGCUGAGGUCCAAUCAGUCGUUCAGUCUGGAGGACAUGAGCUGGAGCUGCGGAGGACCGGACUUCAAAUACUGCGUCAAUGACGUCACCAAAGCGGGUCACACUCUGGAGCUGCUGGAGCCACUGGUGAAGUUUCAAGUGGGUCUGAAGAAGCUUAACAUGGCUGAGGAGGAACAUGUGCUGCUGAUGGCCAUCUGCCUGCUGUCACCAGAUCGGCCCGGUGUUCAGGACCACGUGCGCAUCGAGGCGCUCCAGGAUCGUCUGUGUGACGUCCUGCAGGCGUACAUCCGGAUCCAUCACCCCGGCGGCCGUCUGCUGUACGCCAAGAUGAUCCAGAAGCUGGCGGACCUGCGCAGCCUGAGCGAGGAGCACUCCAAGCAGUACCGCUCGCUGUCCUUCCAGCCCGAGCACAGCAUGCAGCUGACGCCGCUGGUGCUGGAGGUGUUCGGCAGCGAGGUGUCCUAGCAUCCGAGAGCCCCCCGGCACGCUCCGGAGCCCCGGCAGCAUACGGGACACCGCUAGAGCGUCACCGCUCACGCUACGGGGGCCUGUAGGGAUGCACAGGUGUGGUGCACAGGUCUGGAUAACGUCUCGGGAUUCCCGCUUUUAAGCUACGGGGAAUUCCGAAAGGAAUGUAUUAAUAAUGUAUGAAUAGAACGAUGCAUAUAAACUAAUAUUUAUAUUUAAGAGAGAGAGAGAGAGAUGGUUUGUAUUAAGUGAUAAUGUAUAGCCAGAGGAUCCUCUGUUGUAAUAGGAUUAGCAGGCUCUUCUAGUUCGUGUGUGUGUGUGUGUGUGUGUGUGUGUGUGUGUGAAA